AUGUCAAUAUCUACACCUUCUAAUGGGAAGAACGCUCCUCCCUGCGACAAUGAUGCCGAGUCCAGGCGGAUAGGGGCAGCAAACAAAACUAGCCUUGCCUUUAUUGGUGGACAUCAACCGACAUGGAUGUUAUCCAACUCUGCUGCUUCACUGCCCACGAAAUCCCCAACCGGUAUUCGUAAGAAGAAGCACUUCUCCAAGCCUGUUCCCCCUAGGCUAUCGCUGGAGAAGAUUAUAAAUGCCACUGUGUCGGUACAGCAGGGCCAAACAACACAAGACUCACAGCCUUCACCCCAGGUGGUUGAAACUAGCUGCACAGACAGCCUGCCCUCGUUAGCCGAAAAAUCCCCAGAGCGUAUAUUGUCAGGCCAGAGCAACGUUGAGCAUGCGCCUUCGCCUUCGCCUUCGCCUCCGCCUCCUCCAGCGCCAAAGCCAGGGAACUCGGACCUGACCACAAAAGAAAGUCCUCGGGUUGAAUUGAGCGGGCCGUUUCCAUCACCAGUGACGAAGCCGAUAAAUUCAAGCACCGUCACAAUAGAAAGUCCUCAGGUUGUAUCGCGCGGGCCGUUUCCAUCACCACCACCAACAUUGCCCAUGGAAUCUAGAAACCCACAAAUAGAAGAAGUAGCCGGGCAGGCGACUAUGCAAGAUGCUUGUGCAAGUGACGGCAAUGUGGCCAGUAAUACUGCAACACCAAGGCCUCACCACCGCCUCAGCUUGCCUUAUCGAAACUCCGUCUCCUCCCAUGCACCCGCCACAUGUCAAGUUAGUCCGCCAUUGCCGCAGCAGGACGGCAGCUGGCAACAACCGGCGCAGCAGUUGCCACAGCAAAUAACUGUGGGAGGCUUCGUCUAUCAACUGAUGAAGCCAGCACCCGUCGCAAACACGAAUAACUCGAAUAACCCUUCACUGCACACAAAUGCUCCAGCCUCGGUCGCUUGCAGUACUUCACCCUACAGGCAUCCUCCAGAUACGCAGGCUCAGCCCGCCAUGAGCAUAAGUCCAGACACCUUGGCUUCGUGGCGCCGAAGGCUCGUCGAGUUUAUCAAUCAUCCAAAAGGGCCUAAUCAUGACGCUACCUUCCUGGAAGCAUGGCGCUGCUCUGCCCUGCUAGAUGCGUGCCAAUUCAACGAUGUGUUUUUCCUAGUGCUUCAUCAGUUUUAUUGCCUUUGGUCAACAAACCCAGGGUUUCUUUGUUCCAUUUUGCCGUCUUCUUGUCAUGGCCACCUUGAUCCGUCAUUUAAAUUACUGGCUACUGUUCUGAAGCCCAACACAGAUAUUCGACAGCAUCAUUUGUCGUGGUUUGCUUACUAUCCAUACAGUUUAGUUCGUCCAGCCCACACAUACCCAUCGUUCAACGAGACGUCAAUCCAAGUAGUGAGAUUUCUGGUCUCUUUUGUCCUGAACUGGUCCAAGUGGCUUACUUCUGUUCGUAACAGACGAUAUCCCGUCAUGGUCCAAGAGUUGAAAGAGGGUUUACUUUGCCAUUCAUUGGGAGGACAGAUCUUGCUGUUCACCUAUAGUUGGAGACUUCUCGGGACUGGAAAUCAACUCAUCGCUGAAGAGUUCGGCAACGUCUUCCAGGCUGAUCGGGAGAAUGAAAGACUGGCGGACAUGCACCCCGGUUCGCAUCGUGUACACGAGACGCGAAAAGUUAUCAGACACAGUUACAUCACCGUUACAAACCAUAUGAUUUCCCAAUCUAACAUUACUACCUCUCACGGCUACCUAGUGCUAACAACUGGCGAAGUGGCGGCUGCUAGAUUCACAGCUGCACAGACUCAAUCAAACUCUGUCGCAAGUGUCAACCAGAGCUACAACACAACAGUAUCACCGGUGACUUCAUCCGCUUUCGCCGCCUGUCUUUCACCUCAUGACGCUUCCAGUCCUGGAACGCCAUUCGUUCAGGGCCAGUCACCAAACGCUCCCUGGCAAGCGCAAUUUCCCACACCCAACGUGAUACCACAAACGCGUGCAGUAGCAUCAGCUGCCCCCGUCGGUCAGCAUCCACGCGAAGCAGGGCUUGUACCAGGCCAGACUCCAAUACCCGGGCAACAACGCUUUGUGCAAAGCGCACGUAAUGGGACAAAUCAUCGUCACCUGUCUCAUCCCGGAUCAUUGGUCGGAAGACCAACCUCUCAGAUAGUCAAACACAGGCAUUCUUCUCAUGAACGAACGGCACAGAAGAAACUUGUGGCAAACACGCAUGCUGGGAUGGCACGGGGACAAUCUGCCACUGCGGGAGGUGGGUUCUCAGCCGCUCCUCCACGAGAGGCCGACUGUCCUCAGAGCCAAUAUGGUUGGACUUCUGUCCAAUCUAGCCUUCAUUUAGCCCGCUCGCGCAGUCCACGGAGAAUCAGUGCCGAAGGACCUGGGACCCGAUACUACCAAUAUCUUGAUCGCUUUGCCGUUAAACCAACAGCCCUUUUUCAUCAAAAUGGAGCCAUUCAAACUUUUGAUUUCGCAGUGACGUCUACCGAGUUCGCAGAAAGGUCGCAGCUCCUACGCUUUGAAGAGGCCAAAGUACACCAGUACCAACAAGGGUCGCUGCGGUAUCGUCUUAGGCUAAGCGGACAGCUCCCAGAGGAUACAAAGACCUGCAUUGCGGACUGGGCUUCAUCCCCUUGUGUCUGGCCUCAAGAAGUUUAUAUCAAGUUCAAUGACGAAGCCGUAUUUCCUUUAAGGCCGCAGCAUUUUCAUCAAAACCUUCCAAUAGAGCUCACCGACAUGAUACGACAAGGGUUCAAUACAGUCAAAAUCAGCCUGCCCGAGAAUCCUGAGAAUUACAAGGACACCUCAGUCUAUUACUUGGCCGUUGAGAUUAUAAAAACCAUGGAUCAUGAAUCGACAUUCGCUAUGGUGAUGGAGCUGGAGGCUUUUAGUGUUGAACAAACAGAGAAGGAGAUUGAGAAGCGUCUGCGGCCUGAUGACUCUGACGACGUCAUUGUGCAGGACGACUCUUUGUGCAUAUCGUUGAUAGAUCCAUUCAGCGCAAGCAUGGUCAAGUCGCCGGUUCGAGGACUGCGUUGCAAGCAUAUCGAAUGCUUUGACCUGGAAAUAUGGCUACAAACCCGUCGUGGCAAACCUUCGCAAAGCAAAUCGGAGCCCGCGCGUGCAGAUGAAUGGAAAUGCCCCAUGUGUGGCGAAUAUGCAGGGCCGCUAGGCCUUCGUAUUGAUGCGUAUUUUGUGAGGCUUCGAAAGGCAUUGAUUGACGCUGGGAAGGGGCAAACAAAGAGUAUCAAAGUCACCCUGGAUGGAAAUUGGACUGCUAUCGAAGAGCCACAGGACGGCGAAGAUGGAGAAAACGGCGGUUCUGUACAGAAGUCGGCGCAAAAGAGAGCGGAGCCUGCGAUUAUUGAGAUUCUGGACGACUAA